GAAUGCCCGUGUUGUACUGACACAGUAGCGAUACGGGCUGAGCAGACAUGGAGGCCCGAUUAACGCGAGAGGCCCGUGCUGACACAUCCAGGCCCAGCUAACGGCGUGCCGGAGCGGAUUUCAGAGCAACUCGGAGGGAUAUAACGGAUACCACUUGCUGCUCGCUUGGAAGAUAUAAAAUGUGGCCACCACGUUGAUACACACUAAAGGGAGGACCCAGCCAAAUAAUGUGAACACCGUUUCUGGACAUUUACAGAGUUGAAGGACGGAGAAAGAGGGCUGGACAGCCGAGGAAGGAAGAGAAGCAAUCCAAACACAAGGAGAGCUUCACCCUCACUGUUAUCCCCCUCCCCCUUUCCCCCCUUCAUCCCAACCCAUCCCUCUACAAAAUAAGUCUGGCUGGUUUCUACAACAUCACCUACGUAGUUAACCUCCACACCCAAUAAAUUUCUCAUGGAUCCGAAGAUUCAGGGGGGGGCUUCAACUCCACCCCCUCUUCUCUCAGGUGCCCCAACAGGGGAGAGAGAGAAGGAGGGAGGUGGGGGUAAGAAAGAAGACGAUGAGGAGAAGAAGAGGGACAGAGAGAAGGAAGGAGCUGCUGCUGUAUCUGCAGGUGCAGGAGCAGCAGGAGCAAGUGGGCCAGUAGGUGCAGGCGGUGACCAGUCCCAUUUCUCGAUCAAAGAGAGCAGCCUGUCUGAGGGCAACGUCAAGCUGAAGAUAGGCCUUCAAGCCAAACGCAUGAAGAAGCCCCCUAAGAUCUUGGAGAAUUAUGUUUGCCGACCAGCCUUCAGGGCAACCGUGAGGCACACGGGGCGCGGAGGAGGUGGUGCUCGUGGAAACCGUGCAGCAGCUACAGGCGACGGGCCAGGAAGUCAGAGCCAGAGUCCCUCACAAGCGAGGGAAAAAGAGAGGGAGAAGAGUCCCAGUGUCAACAAACCAGCCUCAUCAUCUUCAUCAUCAGCCCCCUCUGCUAAAGCUCCUACACCGCCUCCUCCUGCUCCACCUCCCAGCAGCACUACAACCACACCAUCACAAGUGAAUGGGAGUGCUCCAGCAAAAAGGGGUCAACCAAAGAUGGAUAGCAAGUCAGAUACAAAGUCAGACACAAAAGCAUCCAUAAACACGUCUGAGAGGCCUCUUAACCUUCACCGCCCUCCACCAGACAGCAAAACACAUCCCUCCGGGAAGAAAACACCAACUUCACAAUCCAACAUCCGAACGUCCACUCCACCACUACCCGUUUCAAAGGAACUCAGCUUUGACGGUGUGAAGCCUCCUCAAUACACCUUCAGCACUGAAAGUCAGAAAGAUAAGGACAAGGGUGUUCAAAAUUGGGGGGCACCCACAGUCACUGAGAAGUUAGCUCAACUCAUAGCAACAUGUCCACCAUCAAAAACCCCCAAGCCAGCCAAAUCUGCAAAAAAUGACGCCACUCCAGCUCUCCCAAGCUCUGGCUUUAUGGCCCCUACAGCCAAGCAGCGAGAUCGGGCUAUGGCCAAUAGGAACACGUAUUCAAGAAUGGUACACCUUUCUCCUCCACCUCCUGUUUCACGACCACCUGGUCGGCCCUAUGGUUCUAGGAACAAAGACAGUGUUAUGGAAAAUUCACCCACCCUGACACCUCUGAGAAAGGAGGAAACAGAAGGGCUGGGAAAAGCUAGUAGCAGCAGCACUAACAACAUCAGCAACAACAUCAACAUGAACAGCAGCAGCAGCAGCAGUAGUCGCAGCAGCAGCCCUGCACUCACCUUAGGCAAUAACCGCCUGUCAGCCAUGUCAAAGGACAGCAGCAGUGACAACAGCAACAGUAGCAUUUCUAAGAUACAGUCGCGCCCAUCUCACUGCCCACCCCAUACCACAUCAUUGUCUUGUCCCAUUACAUCCUCUUCCACCACCUCAGAUGAGCAAAGGACAGUAAGUGCAGUCAGUCACAUGAGCUCUCCUGCCUCACAAGGACAUCAUACACGAGAAAGUCCGGCCUUGGCAGAUGAAAGUAGCGCAAGUGAGGUGGAGCAGGACAGCGACAGACCCAGAGACUUAACCAAGUCCUCCCCUUCAAGGGGAACAGGGAAGUCAGAGGGAAAAGAAAAGGGGGGCAGUAAUCAGUCAGGAGGAGAGAGGGGAAAGAGCUCUAGCCCCAGUAUGCGCUGUCCCAACCAAGAUGGAGGUCGUCCUGGUCGGACGAGCAGUCCCCCUGAAUCUGUAAGACAAAGGAUGUCUUCUUCACCAGAGCCAGAUGGUGACGAAGACCCACAGACACCCCUUAGAGAUGCUUCUCCUGAUUCAUCUGUGGACUCUCCUGAAGAGCAGGACAGCAAACCCCUUAAAAAACGCAGGGGAAGGAAACCCCGCUGGUCCCGUAUUAUGAACAAGGCACAGAAUCAAAGAACAGGUGAAGACAGUCCCUUUGACCAGAGCAAUACCAUCUUGCCUUUAUCUUCAAGCUUGGAAACACAGUUGACACCAGUUAAAAGACCUGUGGGCAGGCCACCAAAUCCUAAUAAGGUCAAACCAAAUCCUGUGCCACAAAGUACAGCGUCUCAGCUCUUCCCACUCCAGCCUAGGAAAAGGGGAAGGCCAAAGUCUAAAAUGCCAACACUUGAUGCCCCACCCCAUGGGUGCCUCCCUAACAAGCUUGCCCCCUCCAAGGUCUUUUCAUCUUUGCUAAAGUCCAAAGAAGAGCAGGACCCUCCCGUUCUCCACCCAGAGAUAGACCUUAACCCCCCUAAACCUAUGCCUAGAAAGCGUGGACGCCCCAAGCGCCUUCCUCCUACCUUGCCUCAGGAGGGUCAGCCUCCCACGUUGGCUCCAGAGGCAGGAGACAUGGGAGACAAACGAUUUCGCAACAGGGGAAAUGGGCAGCUUAUCAUGAAAACCAUUAUAGGCAAGAUCAAUAAGAUGAAGAGUGUGAAACGGAAACGCAUUCUCAGUCAAAUAUUGUUAGGCCCAAGACCAGAGGAACCCCCCAAAAGCACCACCAGUGGGGUGGCUGGCCCUGCAGAAGCUUCAACCCAAUCAUUAUCCUCUCUGGCUGCUUCUUUUGGGGGAAAACUGGGGCCACAAAUUAAUGUCAGUAAAAAGGGCACAAUAUAUAUGGGCAAAAGGAGAGGCCGUAAACCAAAAUCAACAAAUGCUACAACGCCACCACCAGACCCCUUCCUAUCCCCAAAUACCACUUCCCCCCUCCAUCACCAUCAAUUAGGGUCCCAGCAUCAGCUCUCUUCCUCAGAAGUCUUUCCCUCCCCCUCCCUCUCACAGUCUAGCGGAGGCCACAGUCCCAUCAGCGAUGCCAGCUUUGUGGAGCCUGGUUCGGUACACUUUGCAAGUCACCCUCUCUAUUCUAACCCCCAUCAUAGCCACAACACUUUUUCCUUCCCUCCCCCAACCUUUUCUGCCCCUAAUCCUCGUAACCAAGGGCUGGGCUCAUCAUCCAUGGCUGCAGCAGCUUCCCAGAAAAAGUCAUCUUGCCGUGGAUACCAUCACCAUCACCACCAUUACAGGCAGCACUACCAUUAUCAUAAGCUUUCCCCUCCCAGGCCGCUUCAUCCCACCUCCCCUGCCCCCCUCAGUGAGCUAAAAGAAGCCACUCCGUCACCAGUUAGUGAGUCACACAGUGAGGAGACAGUGCCCAGCGACAGUGGUAUAGGAACGGACAAUAACAGUACUUCUGAUCGUGGUGAGAAAGCAGGAGGAGCAGGUGGAUUGGGCGGAAUAGGGAUGCCACACGGGAUGGGGAGUGGAUUAUUAAUGCCAGGAGUCAUUGGUUCAGCCAUGGCUCCAGGGGCGGGCCUUAAUUCCAGAGGCAGGCGGCGACACUCUGCUGUGCUCAUGGAACAUCCCUCACCUUCUCCAUCGCCACAUGGGGCAAGGUCAUCGCCUGAUCCCCGGAGACCUCACCCAGCAGCCCCCACCUCCUCCUUAAUGGGACAUAAGGAGAAACAUAAGCACAAGUGUAAACGCCGCAGCCAUGGGUGCCCUGGCUACGACAAACUGAAGAGACAGAAAAGGAAACGCAAGAAGAAGUACCUGCAGCUACGCUCUCGACGGCUCGACCCAGACUUCCUUGCAGAGCUGGAUGAGAUUGUUGUGAGACUGAGUGAAAUACGGAUAGCACACCGUACCCCAGGGCACCGGCUGGGCAGUGGAAUUGGCGUAGCGGCAGGAACAAGUAGAGUGCCAGGGGUUGGAAGCAGGCCAAGUGGUGGCCUAGGAGGCACAGGUGGGCCUCCUCCACAUCAUUAUAUACACAGGGACCUCCUGCCUACCAUCUUCAGGGUUAACUUUGGCAGCUUCUACUCCCAUCCUGCUUACUCCUGUGACCCAUUGCACUAUGUUCGGAAACCAGACAUGAAAAAGAAACGCGGGCGGCCUCCCAAACUAAGGGAGUCUAUGUCCGAGGUUCCUUUUGUACCGGGGCUUGGAUUUCCACUCUCAAGCGGAGGUUUUUACCAUCCUUCCUAUAUGCCCUACUCAUCAGGGCCCUUGGGGUUGGGCUAUUACAGAGGCUUUCCUCCAGCUAGUGCUCUAUAUCCCCACCCACACCACCAAUCGCCCCACACAGCCCAAUCCCACCACUCUCACCACUCACCCUCUUUCCCUCCUCCUCCUCCAACCUCUUACAUGCAUCAUCACCACCCUUCUCAUCUCCUGCUGAAUCCUUCCAAAUUUCACAAGAAAAAACAUAAGCUGCUCAGGCAGGAGUACCUGGGAGGAGGAAGGUCCCCUGUCCUGUACCCACCAAUGUCCUCUGAGCUCUCUUUCAAUUGGCACCACAAACACAAACACAGACACAAACACAGAGAGCGCUGUGCUGAGGAGGACAGGGAGGAAGCAGCGAGAGGAGGAUCAGGGAGCCGGGCUAGUGCAGGGAUUUCCGACAGUGGAGCAACAGGGAAAGGAGACAGAGUCAGCAGUUUAGGAAUGGCAGAGUCUUUACAACGAUGCCGGUUUGGUCGAGACAACUCAAGCACCAGUGCCAGCAAACAACCUGCUACCACUUCUGCCAACUCUCCCUCUUCAUCCUCAUCUUCAUCUGCAGAAAGGUACAAGCGUAAGGAAAACUCCAUGUCCUGCCUAGGCCCCUCCAGGCUCGCACUUGGCAGCAGCUCUAAAGGCCACCACCCAGUAGAGUCCUGGUUCAGGAUGGGCAGCUCAAAGGCGGAAUACUCUAAGCUCUCACGGAGUCAUGUUGCACCUGGCCAGGGUCCUUUCUCAGAUGGACGUGCUGAGGACCCAGCAGGCUGCUCGGACAGUGAGGAUGAGGAGCCUCUCACGCCCACGGAGGAUGUAGAGCCUGGAGCUCAUGAUUCCCCGAAUCUAACAAAUCUCUUUGCCUCUGCGCUCACCCGCACUUCGCUGAAGGGGAGUAGGGGCAGAAAGACUGAGGUGGUUGCAGAGAGUUCCAGCUUCUCCCGUGUAGACCGGCCAAUGAGGAAGGACCGCUCAACAUCAGCAGAAAGGAGAGAGAUAGGACCAUCAGGUAUCCAGACGAGAGGUGUUUCCCUCUCGACCCCUGAAGGGCCCGAAGGAUCCCUACACCAUCGGCAGCAGCACCAUCACCAACCUUCCCUAUUUCACUCCCACGGCUCUGCCUCCUCUUCUUGCCUCUCCCCCUCUCAGGACUGUUGUCUGGAUGCCUCUCUGUCCCACCACUCCCAUCGGACACUGCCCUCAAAACACAGCCUGCAUCACGUCAACAAAAUCCUGCGUGCCAAGAAGCUGCAGAGGCAGGCUCGCACAGGAAACAAUAUGGUGAAAAAGAGGGGCCCCGGACGCCCCAGGAAACACCCGUUACCCUCCCCUCCACCAUCCCCACCGCCACCAGUGGUUGAGAUGAAUCAGAACCGGCACAAGGACAGAGCGGGGGAACGACCAGCAGUGGGGAGAGGGAAGGAGGGGGACACUGUGACGGAUGCUAUAGAGUCGGUAGUCCAGGGCCAACGAAGAAAAGGUCAAAAGAGGAAACACUGGGAGAGAUGCGGGGAAGAUGAGGAAGAGGAGGAAGAAGAGGACGGGGAGGUAGAGGAGACUGAGGAGAGAUUACCGGACAGGGAGGAGAACCCUGGCAACCCCAUGGCAAGGUCUAAAACUGGGACAGGAAGAAGCUGGCUUACCCAGGACGAGCUUCAGCAAUUUCACGGCUCAAUGGAGAGCAAACCAGAUGGUCCCUGCCCCCCGGAACUCCCAGGCACCACCGCCAGAGAACAAGCCCCGCCCAUACCUAUAACCAACCAACGGGAGAAGAGACCAGCCAGACCUCCAAAGAAGAAGUUUCAGAAGGCAGGACUUUACUCUGAUGUGUACAAGACUGAAGACCCCCGGAGUCAGCUUCUGCAGCUAAAGAAAGAGAAGCUUGAAUACAUACCAGGGGAACACGACUAUGGAUUGUUUCCAGCUCCUAUACACGUUGGGAAGUACCUGAGACAGAAGCGCAUUGAUUUCCAGUUGCCUUACGACAUCUUGUGGCUGUGGAAACACGAUCAGCUUUACAAGAGGCCCGAUGUCCCCCUUUAUAAAAAGAUCAGAUCAAAUGUGUAUGUGGACGUAAAGCCCCUCUCUGGUUAUGAAACAACUACAUGCAACUGCAGACCUCGUGAGGACAAGACGGAAAAAGCCUGCCUGGAUGACUGCCUGAAUAGAAUGAGUUUUGCUGAGUGCUCCCCCAGCACCUGCCCCUGUGGUGAACACUGUGACAACCAGCACAUCCAGAGACAUGAGUGGGUCCAGUGUCUGGAGCGGUUCCGUGCUGAAGGGAAGGGCUGGGGCAUCCGCACCAAGGAGUCGCUUCGCUCCGGACAGUUCAUCAUCGAGUACCUGGGCGAAGUGGUCAGCGAGCAGGAGUUCAGGAGCCGUAUGAUGGAGCAGUACUUCUCCCACAGUGGCCACUACUGUCUGAACCUGGAUAGCGGCAUGGUGAUUGACAGCUACCGAAUGGGCAAUGAGGCACGCUUCAUAAACCACAGCUGUGAGCCCAACUGUGAGAUGCAGAAGUGGUCGGUGAACGGGGUGUACAGAAUCGGUCUCUUUGCUCUCAAGGAAAUCAGCAGUGGCACCGAGCUCACCUACGACUACAACUUCCAUUCUUUCAACACAGAAGAACAGCAAGUGUGUAAGUGCGGCUCUGAGAGCUGCAGGGGCAUCAUCGGAGGGAAGAGCCAACGGAUAAACGGCCUGCCUGGGAAGACGGGAGGAGCUCGGCGGCUAGGUCGACUCAAAGAGAAAAGGAAGUCUAAACACCAGCUGAAGAAACGAGAGGAGGAGUCGAGUGACAGCAACAAGUUUUACCCUCAUCUCAUGAAGCCCAUGUCCAACAGAGAGAGGAACUUUGUGCUGAAGCACAGAGUCUUUCUCCUGAGGAACUGGGAGAAGAUGAGGGAAAAACAGGAACUGCUGAAGAGAGAGGGUGAGCGAGAGAGGGACGCCAGCAGCCUCUCCAUCUACACGCGAUGGGGAGGAGUUAUACGGGAUGAUGGCAACAUCAAGUCAGACGUGUUCCUGACGCAGUUCUCAGCUUUGCAGACGUCCCGCUCAGUUCGCACACGGAGACUUGCCGCCGCUGAGGAGAACACAGAAGUCACACGCACUGCUCGCCUUGCACACAUCUUCAAGGAGAUCUGUGACAUGAUCACCAGCUACAAGGAUUCAGCUGGCCAGACACUCGCUGCUCCGCUGGUGAACCUCCCUUCCAAGAAGAGGAAUAGCCAGUACUAUGAGAAAGUGUCUGACCCUCUGGACCUCAGCACGAUCGAGAAGCAGAUCCUCACCGGGCACUACAAGACUGUUGAAGCGUUUGACACCGACAUGCUCAAAGUGUUCCGCAAUGCUGAGAAAUAUUACGGCAGGAAGUCAUCUGUGGGCAGGGACGUGUGUCGGCUGCGGAAAGCCUACUACAGCGCUCGUCAUGAAGCCGCCGUCCAGAUUGAUGAGAUCGUCGGCGAAACAGCCAGUGAAGCCGACAGCUCUGAUUCGCUGGACCGGGACCAUGGCCACCACCACGGAGGAGGACCGGGCUCCCACGACAAGGACGACGACAUCAUACGCUGCAUCUGUGGAAUGUACAAGGACGAGGGCCUGAUGAUCCAGUGUGAGAAGUGCAUGGUGUGGCAGCACUUUGACUGCAUGCGGCUGGAGACAGAGGUGGAGCAUUACCUGUGUGAGCAGUGCGACCCGCGGCCCAUAGACGGGGAAGUCCCCAUGAUUCCUCAGCCCAGUUACGCCCAGGCUGGCUCUGUCUAUUACAUCUGCCUACUCAGAGAUGAACUGCUGCUGCAUCAAGGUGACUGUGUGUUCCUAAUGAGAGACAGCAGACGCACACCCGAAGGCCAGCCUAUCAGACAGUCGUACCGUCUCUUGUCUCACAUGAACCGAGACAAACUGGACAUCUUCCGAAUUGAGAAACUAUGGAAGAAUGAAAAGGGUGAAAGGUUUGCCUUUGGCCACCACUACUUCCGUCCUCAUGAAACCCAUCACUCUCCAUCCCGGCGCUUCUACCAAAACGAGUUAUUCCGAAUGCCGCUCUACGAGAUCAUCCCGCUGGAGGCAGUUGUGGCAACCUGCUGCGUUCUGGAUCUCUACACCUACUGCAAAGGGCGGCCCAAGAACGUCAAGGAGCAGGAUGUUUACAUCUGUGAUUACCGCUUGGACAAGUCAGCUCACCUGUUCUACAAGAUCCACCGUAACCGCUACCCAGUGUGCACCAAGCCAUAUGCCUUCAACCACUUCCCCAAACGGCUCACACCCAAAAGGGACUUCUCGCCUCACUACGUUCCCGACAACUACAAGAGGAAUGGCGGCCGCUCAGCCUGGAAGAGCGAACGACCUAAAGGCUGUGAUGACGACGGCUCCUCCUGUGAACGAGGUGACGACUUCCCCACUGAAGGAGAAGACGGCAGAGGACUGGACGACGACAUGGACAUGGCGUCGGAGGAUCCCGAACUUCUGUCAGCCAAGCCUAGAAGACUAGAACGGGAUGGAGAGGGAGACGAGGAUGAAGAUGAGGAGGAUGAAGAUGAAGGGCGGGACAGUGAGGAGAGAAAAGAGCUGGAGGAUUGUUCCUCAGAGAGGAUAGGAGAGUUGCUCGAACUUCCUUCUUCAUCAGCCUCCUCGCCGCUGCACCACCCAGUGCUGGGCAGGAGAGAGGCUCAGAGGGAACGGCUAAACAAAAUCCUGCUGGAUCUGCUGCACAGAACGCCCAGCAAGAAUGGUGAGGGACCGGGAACAAAGCAGGGGGCCAUAGACGUCACUUAUCUCCUGGAGGAGGGCGCAGGGCGGCGGCUACGGCGACGGACGCUAGGAUUUGGGGAUUUCGUGGGCAGAAAAUAACGGCGCUGAGUGCCUGUCAAGCACACUGCCUUUCUCUUUUAUGAGCGAGGGGCAACGGAGAAAAUGGAGAGACAGCAAGAAGGGGAACAAGCAUUGUUGGUUACCCGACCAUUAAGGACCGCAAUGCAUCCCUUGGGGCCUCUUCCAGUUUACCUCCUCCAAGACUGUCAUCUCAUCUCUGAGAGGGUGGAGGGGGUUUGGAAGCGCUGACUCCGUUGCAAUUUCAGCUUUUAAGAGUUCUCAAGGAGCACUAGAAGAGAGCUGACCCAGACCUUUUGUGCAUAUUUAAGUAGUGUGAUGCAAAACCUGUUUUUGAAAUGAUCAUAGGAGAAAUUACCCAUGCACUUAAAUGCAUUGAAUAUUACAGACAUGGGUAGAAUUUCACUAGCAAGCAACAGAAAUGAAACAAGAGGUACUGAAUAGGGAAGGGGCUGGUCAGUCAAUGGGGAUGUUAAUGCUGGAGAACUGCUCCCCCUUGUGGGACCUAGCUGCAAUGACAAAAUAUAUGAGAUGAGAGAAGAGCUGCGGGGGGAACGGCAUAGGAGAAAUGUAAGUUGAGCAGUGUGCUCAGAUGCUGCUCAUUAGAAAAAGAGAAGGAGGGCGGUGAACUGCACUUUUGGUACCAUGGAUAUUGUGAAGCUCUGUGUAAUGUAUCUAAAAUGAAAACACACUAACACUCUCACAGUAUUGGAUGAUGCAGUCUGAAAAAAAAUGAGUUAAAAAAAGUCUAUUAUCUUUUCUUUCCUGUUAUACUGUAGUAACUCAUGUAGGAACUGAAGAGGAUUUGGGGGUGUGUUUGUUUUUAAAAUAAAGGGAGGGGAGGGAAGAUAAGUGUGCGCUUUCUGUCAAAGUGUCUUGUUGAGGUUUAAUUUUUUUUUUCUCGUGAGGCAGUCAGCUUCGCCCCUCUUUUCUGAAGUAACAUGAUUCACCAGCUUAACUAAAUCAGGCAUGCGGGGUUGGGGGGACACCGGCUUUAACUGUAACGCCUUACACAGCCGUACUCUCCUAACUGCCUUGUGUGCAAGUGUGUGGGUACACACUUAUUGUGUGUCAACCAGAUUUCUUGAAGAUAUACCUUUUUAAAAACAAAAAUUAAAAAAAAUCAAGGGCUCGAUGGCAAUUAACAGUUUUAAGAAAACUAUGGAAAACAAUACUUAACAUGAAAUGUAUCGUGAUGGUCAUAUUUUCUUAUAUUCUGUGAGACGGGUGAGGGUUGGGGGAGGUGUCUACUGUAUAUUGAGGGGAGGGGGAAGAUGCUUUUUUUUCUGUCUUAGACUAUGUUCCUCGUUGCCAUGCAGAAUGUUUUAAAACAGAAAUUGUGAUAUUUGAAGAGAUUUCUUGUUUUUUCCCCAAAUGCCUCUGCUAAGAAGGGACAGCCUGCAAUGUCCCGGUGAGAUAAACUGAUAGAGAAGAAAAGAGACGAGGAUGAGACACUGACAGAGGGAGGGAACACGAGAGAGAGGGAGGGAGACAGAGGGGGAACAGGAAGCUGUACAGUGCCAAGUUCUGUAAAUAUACACACUUUACAUUGAGUAGUGUCUCCAAAAGCAAUAUCUUGAAAAUGGAUUUUGUUUAUUGUACUGUACAGGACUCAGCCCUAAAUGUAUUAUGAUUAUUAUAAUAAUGAUAAUAUUAUAAUUUCUUCCGUUUGUAUUACUAUUAUGAAGACACUUAAGCUUGGAGGAAAUUGAUUUUUUAAUGUCCUUAAAAUCUCACCUUAAUGUCCUGACGACAUAAAAACUUAAGCUGAGUUUUUGUUGCCUAUAAAUGAAAUUCAUCUAUGAACUGCAUGAACGAGAAGAAUGUCAAACGGACACAGAAGGCAUCUGGACAUGACAGUGACUCAGCAACGACACCUUUUGUCACUGAAUAUUGUUAAUAAUAUAACUUUUAAAGGAGAAAUGUACUCCUUGUUUUUUGCUGCAAAGUGUUGAACACUAAAAAAACAAACCAACAUAAAAAUGUUAUGAUAUUUUUAAAUAACAGUGAAAGAAGCAAAAUGAAAGCUGUCAGCCCGAUAUCAUGUUAUUAUUAUUUUUUGUUUUUUUUUCUUUCAAAUAGGAAAUGGUUCCGUUUUGUGAUAGCAGUCAUUGUAUGAUGCUUGUACUUGUAUUUGUGUGUUUUUGUGUGAUUUGUUUAGUUAUUUUUAGACAAUCACAAAAUAAGAUGCAAGCAUUGUAAAUGGCAGACUGGCGGACGUUUUGUGAUGUGUACAGUUUGUCAAAAAAAACUUCUUCCACUCGUUAAAAGUUUGUAAUUAUGAUUCUUGAGUCAUGAAAAAUGCUGUUGGUUUUUACUUUUUUGUUUUAUAUUUGUUUUUUGUUUGUUUGUUUUUUUAAUAAAAGCACUACAUUAUUGUGAAUACAA